CGAGAUAUCUUGCCAUAUCAUAAACAGGGGAUAAAAGAUAAAAAGAAGCAAGCAAAUACAUGGCUAAAACUCCCUCCUCUUCUCUGUUCAUCAUCCUGAGAACAACCGAGGAGUUGCUUUCUUCAAAUGAAGAGUACAAUUUUUGAUGUUUAUUAUGGUGUAAGAUCAAAUAGAUAUAUAAAAUAAAUGGCUUCUUUGUUGUAUCUAAGUUCUUUAUCUCUACCUCUAAGGAAACUUAGAGAAACAUAUUCUUGCUAUUACGGCUUGAGUAAUGUUAAUGGUAAUGGUAGAAGCAGCAGCAGAAGAGCCUUAAAGCCUAUAAUUAUCAGUGGAGACCCUCCUACUUUUGUCUCUGCUCCUGGUCGCCGUAUUGUUGCUGUUGGGGACCUGCAUGGAGAUCUUGACCAAGCUAGGUGCGCACUUGAGAUGGCUGGUGUAUUGAGUUCUGAUAGAGAAGACUUGUGGAUUGGUGGAGAAACAGUGUUAGUGCAGCUUGGCGAUAUACUUGAUCGAGGUGAAGAUGAGAUAGCAAUAUUGUCCUUGUUGCGUUCUUUGGAUAUUCAGGCAAAAGCCGAAGGAGGAGCAGUUUUCCAGGUCAAUGGGAAUCAUGAAACUAUGAAUGUGGAAGGAGAUUUUAGAUAUGUUGAUUCAGGUGCAUUUGAUGAAUGCACCGAUUUCCUGGCGUACUUGGAUGACUACAAAUACGAUUGGGAAAAUGCAUUUGUUGGCUGGAUUGAUGCGUCUAAAAGGAGGAAAGAAGAUCAGGGAAUGUCCCAAAGUUACUGGGGUCCUUGGAAUUUGGUGAAGAGGCAAAAAGGAGUCAUUGCCAGAUCGGUAUUGCUAAGACCAGGUGGUCCAUUGGCGUGUGAGUUGGCCCGACAUUCGGUUAUACUCAGGAUCAAUGACUGGAUAUUCUGUCAUGGCGGGCUUCUUCCUCACCAUGUUUCAUAUGGCAUAGAGAGGAUAAACAGGGAAGUUUCUCAGUGGAUGAAGGGCCUUAGUGAUAGCGAUACUAUUCCUGAUAUUCCUUUCAUAGCAACCAGGGGCUAUGACAGUGUCGUAUGGAAUCGAUUAUAUUCUAGAGAUAUGGCAGAAUCAGAGGACUUUCAGACAAAACAGAUACUUUCUAUUCUUGAAGAGACGUUGCAAUCAGCAGGUGCUAAAGCAAUGGUGGUCGGUCACACUCCCCAAACUGCAGGGGUCAAUUGUAAAUAUAACUGUAGCGUAUGGCGCAUUGAUGUGGGAAUGUCUAGUGGCGUUCUUAAUUCAAGACCAGAGGUACUCGAAAUACAGAAUGAUAAAGCAAAAGUAAUAAGGAGCAGAAAGGAUGUAUAUAGUGAACUUCAGGUUGCUGACUGUAUAUAGAAAUAACAAAUAAUUUAAAACCAGGAAAAUAAGUGGUGUUUAUGCCUUUGAUAUUCUUAAACAUUGUGUUCUCAAGCCAUCGAUCAAGUUGCUUACAUUCUGGUGGAUUUUGGCGAGAAGACAUUGUUAUUAUACUUGUUUAAAGUACAAGAAAGAAGCAAUGAAAUAUGUGUAUCAUGUUCAGAAACUGACAUCAAUUUUACUUUGGCUUCAUGUUAAAAUGAUGUUGUUUCGAGAAUGACACUCAUUUCACAAAUCAUUGCUGAGUAUUAUAAUGAGUUAUGAAUUUCUGCAGGAA